AUCAAAAUUGACAUGAAAGACAGAUCAUUUACAAUGUGUAAAGCGCAUAAGUUUUAUCUAGGGGUUGAAAAAUUAGCCCUUUAUUGAACAGAGGUUGUACUAAAAUAUAUAUAUAUAUUUAGCCAGGUCUCGCUAAAAUUACAUUAUCAUACAAAACCCUACGAGGAUUCAACCGAAUACCGUUUGUAUUCGGUUCAAAUCCUUGCUGUCGUUUAAUAUUAGGUCAUACGUCAUGCUCCUUCCUAUUUGUAUAUCUCAUGCGGAAACAGCGCACGGAAGACUAUAUUGUGUGCCAGCUUAUUAAUUUUACUGGGUAGAUAGUAAAAACCUAUGGCAGUAGCAACCAGACUUCUUCUUACUGGAAAAUUGUUAAGAAUGGGAUGUCAACUAGUUUCAACGCUUUCUGGAAAACCAAUCUGUCUAGUAAUUGGCCUUAUUUGUAUGGAUCUAUUUUAUCUGAUACGCUUAGUUGGUUUAUUAAUCACAAACAGAAAGUUGUGUUUUCAAGCUUUACAUUCUGAAUCGAAGUAAUUUAUUAUUCUGUUUUUACUUAACGAAGGUCAUAUUGAUAGUAAACAACCUCAUUUUUAUCACAUAAACAUUGUUAUCUACACUACAACAAAGUAAUGCGUCAGUCCGUUUUUUCCAUGUUUGUUUUCUUUAUUAAAAUUUAGAUUACUUAGUAUGAAAUUAAAUAUGUUAAAUUCUCAUUUGUUUAGCGUUUAGUAAUAUCCUCAGCUUACUAUGGAAAGUACGCUUACUAAGGAAAUUACUAACGUUAAACAGACGAGUAUAUACAUUCCAGACUGAAAACAUGAUGUAAAGUUAUACCGGGCGUCAUAUCGAUCUCUAUGCCAAGUCACGUUCAGGGUAAAUACAGUUUCGGGAGGCGGUAUCGCUUUCGGUAGCUAAAUAGGUAUAGUAUGUAUACAAAAGCUCGGAGCGAAGUGGACUCGGAUAUAAGUAGUUGGCGUAGCUAAAACGUAGGUUCUUAUAUCGAGAUGUGAGUAAUAAAGUUAAUCCAGGUCCCGUGUAGUGUAAUAUUCGGCGGGGUGAGAGGCAGGCGCGGUGAGGGAAGCAAACCGGCCGGCGCGCGGCGGCGUCGGCCACCUGUUCGCCGCGCGGUGGCGCGCGUGAGCCCCGGCCCGGGCCCCGCGCCCCACGCCCCGGCGAGCCCCGCACCCUCGGCGCUCGCCCUCGCCGCCCGGCGCCCGUGCCCCGUGCGCGCGCUGCUCCCUUCCCUCGACUCAUUCGUACCGCGACGCGUCCACUCGUCGGCCGGCUUCCGUCAAGUUAACCGCAAACCGGGCUCAUUCGCACCGCGUCCGUUGGCCGCACCGCUUCGAUCGCACCGACCACCUAUCCAGACAUGACGGAGAGCACGGACACUCCCGCGGCCGCCGCGCCCGAGAAGACCACCACCCCUACCGAGAAUGGCACAACCGAAACACCCCCGGAGGAGACCCCCGAAAAGGCUACCGAAGAAAAGGAGAAGGAAUCACCGCCGCCCAAAGAGAUGCGCGCGGUCGUGCUCACCGGCUUCGGUGGACUCAAGACCGUGAAGAUCCUGAAGAAACCAGAACCUACGGCCGGGGAAGGCGAGGUCCUCAUUCGCGUAAAAGCUUGCGGGCUGAACUUCCAGGAUCUGAUUGUGAGACAAGGCGUCAUCGACAGCCCACCAAAGACACCAUUCAUCCUCGGGUUCGAAUGCGCUGGAGAAAUCGAGGCGGUCGGCGAAGGCGUUACCAACUUCAAGGUUGGCGACCAAGUGGUGGCCCUGCCCGAAUACAGGGCGUGGGCUGAGCUGGUGGCCGUACCAGCACAGUACGUGUACGCCGUACCUUCCGGCAUGAGCGCCUUGGACGCUGUCGCCGUCACCACCAACUACGUAGUCGCGUACCUACUGCUCUUCGAGAUGGCCAACCUUACGUCGGGCAAGAGUCUCCUGGUACAUUCCGCUGGUGGAGGUGUGGGACAGGCAGUGGCACAGCUCGCUAAGACUGUGGACAACGUGACCGUGUUCGGGGUCUGCUCCAAGAGUAAGCACGAGGCAUUGAAGGCCAACAACAACAACAUCGACCACUUGCUGGAAAGGGGCAGUGACUACACCAGCGAAGUCAGGAAGGUGUCUCCCGAUGGAGUGGAUAUAGUGCUGGACUGCUUAUGCGGCGAGGAGUGCAACCGAGGGUACUCGCUAUUGAAGCCAAUGGGACGAUACAUUCUUUAUGGAUCAUCUAACAUCGUGACUGGCGAGACGAAGAGUUUCUUCAGCGCUGCGCGUGCCUGGUGGCAAGUGGACAAGGUGUCGCCGAUCAAGCUGUUCGACGAGAACAAGAGCCUGGCGGGGCUGAACCUGCGGCACUUGCUGUUCCAGCAGGGGCGCGCGGAGUGCGUGCGGCGCGCGGUAGACGCGGUGUUCGCGCUCUGGGCGCAGGGGAAGGUGAAGCCGCUGGUGGACUCCACCUGGGCGCUGGAAGACGUGGCUGAGGCGAUGCAAAAGAUGCACGACCGCAAGAACAUCGGCAAGCUGGUGCUCGACCCGUCUCUGGAGCCGAAACCUAAACCAGCUACCCCCGCCAAAGGCAAGGCCGGCAAAGAGAAGAAACCAGCCAAAGAGAGUUCCGAGGAGAAGAAGGAUAAGGAGGCCAAAGAAGAGGAAAAGAAACCCGCCGAGAACGGUGAGAAGAACGGUGAAGAAACUCUCACUAAUGGUAACAGCGACGAAGGUCAGUCUCGAUCUAUUGUGACCAAGCAUGCGUAGACGAACACGCUUCACAUCAAUCGAAAGAGAAGGAGAAAGAGAAGGAAUCAAGCUGAAUUGUGUCCCCGCAGGAGUGAACAAGACAAACCACCGCCAAUCGAUUAUUUUAGAGCUCGCGUUAAGCUGCGACGCGACCGCGCGCCGCCGCCCACUGCACUAUGUUGCCUCAUUCUAUUAUGUUUAUACCUAAAUAAGUCUGAAUACGAUAUCGUUCGAUCUCAAUAUUAAUCAUUAAAAAAUAUAUUUUUAAAUGUAACCCCCUAUCCGAUACCGAUCGAACCGUGUCGUAAGUAGGUACCGUUUAUAGUCAUUGUGUUUGUUUUUUGUCCGGCUUUAUCACAUCACAUUAAGUAAUUAUCGUAUUUUGUUAUAUUAAUGGAUUCUGAUAUAUAAUACAAUGUACCAUAAAGUCAUAAGUUGAAUCGUUUGACAACAGCGAAAUUUGAACAAUGAAUUUAUAUUAAUAAUAAUUAUUUUUUUAAAAACCGUUUCCUUUUUUUUUACGAUUAAUUUGGCCUAAACUAUGGUCUUUUCUGAAGUAUCGAGUCUUUUUAUUAUUAUAGUUUAAUGUUUAAGACUUUAUUUUUAAGAUGAGAUAUUUUAAUCUGCAGUUAUUUUGAAUGGCUAUUAUAUAUGUAAGAUGCAGAGAUGCUUAAUCUUUAUGUAUGUUAAGCUUUAAUAUUUUAUUAGUAAAUGUUUAAAAUUUUGGCCCCUCGAGAGCACACCCGCCCUGGGCCCGCGACCGCUCGGUGACGGCUGACGAACGUAAACCUUGCGUGUGAUAUUUUGUAGUAGGUAUGCUAGAUAUUUUGCGGUAGGUAUUUUUAUGCAGCCUUUACACGACAUAUUUUCUUAAUUUUGAUGCCUAAAGUAUAUAAUUGUUUUAUAUUUUUUAUACUCUUAGAGAUUUUGUAAAUUAUUUUCUAGUUAAGAGAAAAGAGAGUUCACUAAAUUUAUUUUAAACGCACCAGUCAUUGUGUGGAUAAGUAAAAUCGGUCGUCCGUCUCGGGUCAAAGCUAGGCCGGGACUAUCUUUGCUCACGGGACGAUUGAAAUCGGUGAGUACCUAUCAUUGUGGCGCCUGGCGCCAUGGUUUGGUAGAACUCAAUAUAAUCUAUUGCGACCAUAAUAUUUCUACUUCUUUGUAUGUCUAUCUACAUACCGAACGAUGUAUCGAGGACUCUAAAAAGCUUUUUAUGUAUCUUUACACACAAAUAUCCACAUAUCUAAACGAACAUAAACUUUCACACGAUUUAUAUUAGGAAAUAAUAUUUUGAUACCAAUAUUCACUGUGUUUCUUUUUUUAUAUACUUACCUAGCAUUUAUAUCUACUCUUAAUUUUCGUAAGGUUGUAAGUAAACAUUUACCGCCAUAUGAGAUGUACAGUAUGGUUAUAAUAGGCAUAAAUAUGUACCCAGUACUAAUUAAAUGUUAUAUCUGUGUAACACAUAUCAUGCGGAUGUUAAAUGUAAAUCUGAGAGGCUGAAAAAUGUAGUCCGUUGUCGCUAAUCGACCAAACUAGAAUCAAUCUCACAAAACACUGCUCAAACCGCGCGCUGACGCAACUGUGCUCAACACGAUGGGCUGACUUGGUUAAAACUUUAGGAUUUUUAUAAAAUUUUACCCUUUUUGAACAUUUUUGCUGGAGCAUGGUCUGCGUUAGUGCAAUUGUCCAUACACGACCAGUGGUCUCGCAUUGUCCCAGUAUUGUGUGAUACGUACCGUCUGCCGUAGGCUGUGGAGUAAGUACUACCGAGGUAUUUGACGGUCUAUCACUUUUAAGGCUAUAUAAGCGAGCUGAAUCUCGAUAGAGGGAGAUAAUCCGUUAUAAUUCUAUCGAGAUCGUCCCCUAGCUAUUUAGUCAAUAAAGUGGCAGAUCACUCAAGUUCUUAGACUGUCCUUACUUGUGUAGUACAAUCUGAUGACAUAAUACGGGAUAGUCUUGAGUUAUGUAGCUUUUGUAUAGAUGUGUAACACGAGUGGCCGAAGUGUCACAAGCGUUGCUUUGUUUUUCUCGUACGGUGGCUUGGUGCUAGUUUCCUGUUGUACGCGGAUAUAACUCGCUUCAGUGUCUCGGACCAAUAUCUUAAAGCUAUUUUAGUCUCCUUUAUGGGUAAUCCUUCGCUUUGUGUGUCAAAAUAUGUGCGAAUUUCUUGUAAUGUAAACGAUACUAUUAUUAAUUAAAUCAUGUGUAUAUCAUUGACCUGUAUAAUGGUUUAGAUUUAUCUCUGAAUUUUCUUCUAUAAGAAUAUUUGAUGGAAUUCAAUAGUGAUUUAGAGAGCUGGGGUGACCGCGCCGUUUAAGAUUGUGUCCAAAUUGUUGUAGGUUAGUAUCGAAUUGAUGUCAAUAUUUAUGGAAUCCUGAGAGGUCUUCAAGUAGACGUGAACCCGCGCCGUCACGCCAGCAUGCUCCCGACAGACUGGGUCGUUAUUGUAUGAACACAUUUAUUUUUAUAAGGGCGGGCCAGUGUGUGAUAUCUAUACUAUGAAAUGAAUAAAUAAAUAUGUAUGAUCUGUAAAAAUGCUUACUCGAGCAUUUUAUUUCAUCUCCUGAUACCUCGAAAGUCCCAACAUUCAUAUUCCUAUAUAGGUCUCACUGUCUCAGAUUAUAUUCUACAAAUUCUCUACCUUUAAAUCGGAUUUCAGGAAAUAUAUUACCCUUCUGGCGAACUAUAGUACAUCUAUUCCACCUCCAGAUGAUUGCAAAUAAAUAUAAAAUGUAAAUAUUACUUAGUACGUAUCAAUGAUUGGGGGAUUUAUCUCACAUAAAUACAGUAAAAAACGCUUAUUAAUUUUAAAUAGUUAUUUGCAUUAGGUGUUAAUGUUGGAAAAAUUAUUGUUCCCGUCAACCGGACUAUAACAAAUGUGCUUUGGACAAUGCACUUUGGAUAAAACAAAUUAUAUAAUAAAUUUCGACAUGCAGGGCAUGAAAACGGAAUAAAAAGCUCCUGCAUGAUCAUUUAAUGAUAGUAUGGCCGAUUCAUACCGGAAUGGCAGCUGCUGGCAGCGAUGACUGAGACGACGCGGUGAGCACUUUCUCA